AUGCAGAAACGCGAAAUUCCCUUACAAUCAUGGGAUUGCCAUGUACAUGUCCUGGAUCCUGAGAGAUUUCCAUACCGUCAAGAUCGCACUUACACGCCAUAUCCCGCACUGCUGCCCGAUCUUGUCCAAGCUACGACCUCCAAGGGCAUUGUGAUUGCACAGGCGAGUGUCGAGGACGGACCUGAGUGUCUGCUAUAUCACCUAAAGGCAGCUGGUCAGCAAUUUCCGGAGCAUACAUGGAGAGGUUCAGUCAUUAGCACCACUAGAGAAGAUCGUGAUGUUGUGCUGAUGCCACAUGCGUAUCUGCAUGAUCUCCACGCUGCCGGCGUACGCUCUGUCAGAAUACAAUGUGGUUUCGGGAGUUUUGGAUCAGACCAACAGAAGUUGCAAGACUAUGUGAUUGCUCUGGCUCAGUCACACUGUGUCAAAUCACUGGGCUGGAAUAUCUCAAUACAGCAGUCUCCGAAAGCCUGGGCAAGUAUGGCUGAGUUCAUAGAACGAGACAAACGAGUGCAGCAUGUUUGCUUCGUCGCAGAGCACAACGGUUCCGCGACCCCGGAAGUGGUAGGCACACCAGAGUUUGACGCCUUACUGGCUCUGCGGGAAAGUGGACGCCUGUGGAUGAAGAUCUCUGCACUUCACCGUCGUAGUCCCGGGAAUAUCAAUAGGAUGGAGGAGGUCGUCAUACGACUUGUCCAAGCUAGGCCUGAUAAGGCUGUCUUCGGGAGUGAUUGGCCGCACACGAAUCCAGCAGCACAAGGCGCUGAGCCACAGCCACCGUUGCAGGGUGUUGAUACCAACGCUGAGAUGGAAGCGGUGAGGACGUGGAUCGGGAACGAGAUUUGGCAGCGCAUGCUUACGGAGAACCCUGUGCGCCUGUACGGAUGA